AAAUUAAAAAUAAAGCAAUAAGCGUCAGCUUAUCAGAUGAAUUGUUAUUUGAAGCCAGCUGCUGUCUUUCUUCACGGAGUGCUAUUUGUGAACUCCAUAGACCUAUAAUUGGAAAGUUGAGUUAACAAGAAGAUAUCUGUAGGGCAGACUAGCAGAGUUGUAGUGCCGCUCCUAAAGAGCUGUCAUAUACAGCAAGUCACACGAUGGUAUUAUUUUAAAAAGGAUUUGUCUAUGGGGUAUGGAUUAAGAAAAAAGUAAGACUGAAUCCUUCUCAGAUACCACUAUAAGAAAGAAGAUUACGGACUCUGCCUGCUCCAGAACCAGUUAAAAGGGGAUUACAGAAAUGAAGUGUGAGUCUGACUUUCAAGAGCAAAGAGAAAACAGGUCUACCAGUUCUUACAAAGCUGAUUUACCGAGCCUUCAAACAAAUCAGAUCUCAUCAGCUGAACGUGGAUGUAUUCUCCCUUUUACCUUUGUACCAAAAAGUGGAACACUUCCCACACAGGUGUCAGUGGGAAAGGACGUGAAAUUAAGCCCCCAAAUUGUUUCCUGCAGAAAACAAGAAAUGUCUUCUUACAAGCCUGAAGGAGAUAGCAGGACAGCUGAUGGAAGCCCAUUGAAAUCUUGGCGCCAGUCAAGUAUAGAGCAUAAGUCAUCAGCAGAAGAGGUUUCCUCAAGUGGUUUUAAGAAUGCACAACAAAAUGACCUUUUCAUUGCUGAAUUUGUCUUUGUUGUGAACUACGAUGAAGAAGAGGAAACAGAUGAUAAAUCUAAGUUUUCUGGAGGUGAUUCCAGAUGCAAGCAGCUAUCUAUUACACCAGAACCUAAAAUAGAUACAUUUUACAUAAAUGAGGUGUUUGCUUCUGAAGCUCAGGAAGAUGCAUUUUUGCACAAUGUGGAAUAUCAAGAUAAUGGACUUCAGCUUCAUUCUUAUGUCUCUGCUGUCAGUUCUAUCCCAUCCAAGCUUCAACAAGAAAGUGUAAUAGACUCAACCAACCAAAGUCUAAAUUAUAACAGGCAAUCUAAAUUUAACUUAUCUGAAAAUCAGAAGCAUCCAAUAACCAGUAAUUCUGUAAACUUGCAGGAAGGAUACAUUGCUAUAAAAAGUGAUAUAACAGAUACUGCUAAGGAUUUCAGUAUUCUAGAUUCAGAUUCUUUAAAGGACACCCAUUUUACACAGUCACAUAUUCCACAUGGCAAAACAAGAUAUGCUUAUUCUUGUAAAAGUCCAGAAGCCCAAAAUCAAGGUGGUCCAUCAUUGCCUCUGAGUUCAUGUCAGAAAUCAAAUGUAUUAUCACCUUUACCAAUUCACAUUAUUAAAUAUCCUAUUUGUCGCAGUCCAAGCCCAAUUCAAUCACCAUAUUAUGGUUCCACUUCCACAUUAUAUAGCAACCCUCCUUCAAGUUAUGACCAGGGUUCCCAUGUACCUUCUCGCCUUACAUUUUUAACCUCUUUACUGAGAUCCAAAAAACUAAGUCAUAAAAGACCAUUCAGUCCUGAUUCCACUCAAUCUUAUUCUGUUUCAAAUCCAGACUCAUUACAUCCAUUUAUAAAGAAGACUAUUAAUCAACCUACAAUAAGCAGAAAGUCUUUGUCUUGUUUCUCUCUUGAUAAGCCAAAAGAGAUGAAAACUGUUCAGUUUCAAAAAAAUGCCAACAUGUUGCCCUCGGCUUCUGAAUCAAAUAUUUUGUAUGCUGAAUCCUCACUUCAUCAUAGACCAAUCAGGGCCCUUUCUCCAGAUUCAAUGUAUUUUAAACCUUCUAAUAUUGUUCACAGUCAUCAGAAAGCAGGAUCCAUACCCUUACUACACAAAUCUAGUACUUCGCCAUUCUCAAGUAAAGAAAAUAUUUCACCACUUCAUGUCAAACCUCCAUUAAGUAAAGAGACUUAUAAACCCUUAAAAAAAUAUUCUGUUCUUGGAAAAUCUAGAAAGGUUACACUUUCUCCACCAGUUUCUACAUAUAAUCUUUCUAACUCACACUCCGAUUUUGACAGUCAAAAACAAACUGGCUCACAAAACAAAAAGAAAUAUGUUAGUUCUGAUGAUGAUUUUAAAACAAGAUACUAUAAAGCAAAGGAAGAUUCAUUUCAGAUGCUUGCAGCACGUCAUCCCACUGGGAAACCAAUAUUAUCCACUCCAUUUUUGCAACCUACUGUCAAUAUUUUGCAAAAAUCCAUCAAUGAUAACAAGAAUCCAAAGCUGGAUAUUUCUUCAUCAUCACAUUCAAAUUAUAGAUCUCAUUCUAACUCAUUAAGUCUAGAAGAAUUACCGAGAACAAACAUGCCAAAAUGUACUUCUUACAAUGACCGUUCACCACCAAUGACAGCCUUGUCAAGGUCCAUCGACUUGCCAUCAGCAAGUUCAUUAUCUCAAUGUUUUGACCACUCUGACAAUAAAAAGUCAUACAGGAUCAAGUCAAAUUACAAGGCUUUUGCUGCAAUCCCUACAAACACGUUGCUUCUGGAUCAGAAGGCAAUCGAUGAACCUGAAUUAAAUGAAGCAAACGCUGCUGAAGAGAAAAUGGAGACACAUUCUGAGAUGUGUUCCCCAGCUCAACUGCGUCAACAGACAGAGGAAAUAUGUGCUGCAAUCGAUGAAGUUUUACAUGACCCACUGCCUUUGCACAGGCAAUAUGGAUCAAGAUCUUCAAAAAGACAAAUGGCUCCUAAAUUAAUUGAAAUGACAAAAUCACCAUCAAGAACACCAUCAACUGGACGGGAAACAAAAUAUGCUUCCCUUCAACAAAGGACUACAACAAAGAGUUCAUCUGCUACGAAGCCAGGAGUGAUCCGUCCCAUAACAUUAAAAGUGUGCCUAGAUGAACAGAAUGAAGAGAUGUAUCAUCCAUAUCCCUCUGAUCAUUUCACUGUGACUUCACUGCACACAUCUGGGACAUAAAUGUCUGAACACGUAAGUAAGAGGAAGAAGAGACCUGAGUUUUCUCCUAGAAGAAAUAAAAAAAUCUGUUAAGGACUGUGGUGACUGUAAAAUAGUUUUAAAGCCAUAUUUAUAUAACUGUAGUU